AUGAGUGGGGACGCAGAAAUGGAGUGUUUUGGCCCGGCGGCCAGUUACCUCCGUAAGCCAGAGAAGGAGCGAAUUGAAGCUCAAAACACGCCAUUUGAUGCUAAAACAGCUUACUUUGUGUCUGAGGCCAGUGAGAUGUACCUGAAGGGGAAGCUCAUCAAGAGAGAAGGUGGUAAAGCCACUGUAGAGACUCUGUGUGGAAAGACCCUCACUGUGAAGGAGGAUGAAAUCCACCCCAUGAAUCCUCCAAAGUUUGAUAAGAUUGAGGAUAUGGCCAUGAUGACCCACCUCAAUGAGCCUGCUGUGCUGUAUAACCUCAAAGAACGCUAUGCAGCAUGGAUGAUCUACACCUACUCCGGGUUGUUCUGCGUCACUGUGAACCCCUACAAGUGGCUUCCUGUGUAUGACUCUCAAGUUGUAACAGCAUACAGAGGCAAAAAGAGGAUUGAGGCCCCACCACACAUCUUCUCCAUCUCUGAUAACGCCUAUCAGUUCAUGCUUACAGACCGUGAGAAUCAGUCAAUCCUGAUCACUGGAGAAUCUGGUGCUGGGAAGACUGUGAACACCAAACGUGUGAUCCAGUACUUUGCGACAAUUGCGGUGUCAUCAACAAAGAAGAAAGAGGAGCCAGUUGCUGGAAAAAUGCAGGGUUCACUGGAGGAUCAAAUCAUUGCAGCCAAUCCCCUGCUGGAAGCCUAUGGUAAUGCCAAGACUGUGAGGAAUGACAACUCCUCCCGCUUUGGUAAAUUCAUCAGAAUCCAUUUUGCAACAACCGGAAAGCUGGCCUCAGCAGACAUUGAAACAUAUCUGCUGGAGAAGUCAAGAGUGACAUUCCAGCUGUCUGCUGAGAGAAGCUACCACAUCUUCUACCAGCUCACAACUGGCCACAAACCUGAGCUACUAGAGGCUCUUCUGAUCACCACAAACCCCUAUGACUAUCCCAUGAUCAGUCAGGGUGAAAUCACAGUCAAGAGCAUCAAUGAUGUUGAGGAGUUCAUUGCCACUGAUACUGCCAUUGACAUCCUGGGCUUCAAUGCGGAUGAGAAGAUAGGCAUCUACAAGCUGACUGGAGCUGUGAUGCAACACGGCAACAUGAAGUUCAAGCAGAAACAACGUGAAGAGCAGGCCGAGCCUGAUGGCACUGAGGUUGCUGAUAAAAUCUCAUAUCUCAUGGGCCUGAACUCUGCUGACGUACUUAAGGCACUCUGCUACCCAAGGGUUAAAGUUGGAAAUGAGUUUGUGACAAAGGGUCAGACUGUCCCACAGGUGAACAAUGCUGUGAUGGCUCUCUGCAAGUCCGUCUAUGAGAAAAUGUUCUUGUGGAUGGUUGUCCGCAUCAAUGAAAUGUUGGACACAAAGCAGCCAAGACAGUUUUUCAUUGGCGUAUUGGACAUUGCUGGAUUUGAAAUCUUUGAUUUCAACAGCUUGGAGCAGCUGUGCAUCAACUUCACCAACGAGAAACUGCAACAGUUUUUCAACCACCACAUGUUUGUCCUGGAGCAAGAGGAGUACAAGAAAGAGGGAAUUGAUUGGGAGUUCAUUGACUUUGGUAUGGAUCUGGCUGCCUGCAUUGAGCUGAUUGAGAAGCCAAUGGGCAUCUUCUCCAUCCUUGAAGAGGAGUGCAUGUUCCCCAAGGCAUCAGACACGACCUUCAAGAACAAACUGCAUGAUCAGCAUCUUGGUAAAAGCAAGGCCUUUGAGAAGCCAAAGCCUGCCAAAGGCAAAGCUGAGGCUCACUUUUCUUUGGUACACUAUGCUGGCACUGUGGACUAUAACAUUAUUGGCUGGCUUGACAAAAAUAAGGAUCCCCUGAAUGACUCCGUUGUUCAGCUCUAUCAGAAGUCUUCAGUGAAGCUGCUGGCCUUCCUGUAUCCACCAACAGCUGAGAGUAGUGGUGGCGGUGGUGGUAAGAAGGGUGGCAAGAAGAAGGGUGGCUCCUUCCAGACUGUGUCUGCUUUAUUCAGGGAGAAUUUGGGAAAGCUGAUGACAAAUUUGAGGAGCACACAUCCUCAUUUUGUACGCUGCUUGAUUCCCAAUGAAUCAAAAACUCCAGGUCUCAUGGAGAACUUCCUGGUCAUCCACCAGCUGAGGUGUAAUGGUGUACUGGAAGGUAUCAGAAUCUGCAGAAAGGGUUUCCCCAGCAGAAUCAUCUAUGGUGACUUCAAGCAGAGAUACAAAGUACUAAAUGCCAGUGUCAUCCCAGAGGGCCAGUUCAUUGACAACAAGAAGGCGGCAGAGAAACUUCUGGGCUCCAUCGAUGUGGACCACACUCAGUACAAGUUUGGUCACACUAAGGUGUUCUUCAAAGCUGGCCUACUGGGUACUCUGGAGGAGAUGAGAGAUGAGAAACUGGCUGAGCUGGUGACUUUGACUCAGGCUCUCUGCAGAGGCUUCCUCAUGAGGAAAGAGUUUGUCAAGAUGAUGGAGAGGAGAGAGGCCAUUUUCACCAUCCAAUACAAUGUCCGCUCAUUCAUGAAUGUCAAACAUUGGCCAUGGAUGAAACUCUACUUCAAAAUUAAGCCUCUGCUAAAGAGUGCUGAGACUGAAAAGGAGAUGGCUAUAAUGAAAGAGAGCUUUGAAAAAACAAAGGAGGAUCUGGCAAAGGCUUUGGCCAGGAAGAAAGAACUUGAAGAAAAGAUGGUUUCUCUGCUGCAGGAAAAGAAUGACCUCUUGUUACAAGUGCAGACUGAAAGUGAAAACCUUUCUGAUGCAGAGGAAAGGUGUGAGGGGCUCAUUAAGAGCAAGAUCCAGCUCGAGGCCAAACUCAAAGAGACGACCGAGAGACUGGAGGAUGAAGAGGAGAUCAAUGCUGAGCUGACUGCAAAGAAGAGGAAGCUGGAGGAUGAGUGCUCUGAGCUGAAGAAAGACAUUGAUGACUUGGAGCUCACCUUGGCCAAAGUGGAGAAGGAAAAACAUGCCACUGAGAACAAGGUCAAAAACCUUACUGAAGAGAUGGCAUCUCAAGAUGAGACCAUUGCCAAGCUGACUAAGGAGAAGAAAGCCCUCCAAGAGGCCCAUCAGCAAACUCUUGAUGAUCUUCAGGCAGAGGAAGACAAAGUCAACACUCUGACCAAGUCCAAGACCAAGCUGGAGCAGCAAGUUGAUGACCUUGAGGGUUCUCUGGAACAAGAAAAGAAGCUUCGCAUGGACCUUGAGCGAGCCAAACGAAAGCUUGAAGGAGAUCUUAAGCUAGCCCAGGAAUCCAUUAUGGAUCUGGAGAAUGACAAGCAACAAUCCGAGGAGAAACUCAAAAAGAAAGACUUUGAGACAAGCCAGCUCCUAAGUAAGAUUGAGGAUGAGCAGUCCCUCGGAUCCCAGUUACAGAAAAAGAUAAAGGAACUCCAGGCCCGUAUUGAGGAGCUGGAGGAAGAGAUUGAAGCUGAGCGUGCAGCUCGGGCCAAGGUGGAGAAGCAGAGGUCUGAUCUCUCCAGGGAACUUGAGGAGAUCAGUGAGAGGCUCGAGGAAGCAGGUGGAGCAACGGCUGUUCAGAUUGAGAUGAACAAGAAGCGCGAGGCUGAGUUCCAGAAGCUGCGCCGUGACCUGGAAGAGUCCACCCUGCAGCAUGAGGCCACUGCAGCAGCUCUCCGCAAGAAGCAGGCUGACAGUGUGGCCGAACUGGGAGAACAGAUAGACAACCUUCAGCGUGUCAAACAGAAGCUCGAGAAAGAAAAAAGUGAAUAUAAGAUGGAGAUCGAUGACCUCAGCAGCAAUAUGGAGGCUAUUGCUAAAGCAAAGGCUAAUCUUGAAAAGAUGUGCAGGACAUUAGAAGAUCAACUAAGUGAGCUCAAAACCAAGAAUGAUGAACAUGUUCGUCAACUUAAUGACAUAAGUGUACAAAAAGCAAGACUUCAAACUGAAAAUGGUGAAUUUGGACGACAGAUAGAGGAGAAAGAAGCUCUUGUUUCUCAGCUGACAAGGGGCAAGCAGGCUUACACCCAGCAAAUUGAGGAGCUGAAAAGACACAUUGAGGAGGAAGUUAAGGCCAAGAAUGCCCUUGCUCACGCUGUUCAAGCAGCUCGUCAUGACUGUGACCUGCUCAGAGAGCAGUAUGAGGAGGAGCAGGAAGCCAAGUGCGAGCUGCAGCGAGGAAUGUCCAAGGCCAACAGCGAGGUGGCUCAGUGGAGGAGUAAAUAUGAAACUGAUGCUAUCCAGCGCACUGAGGAGCUUGAGGAAGCAAAGAAGAAGCUUGCCCAACGUCUUCAGGAUGCAGAGGAAUCAAUUGAGGCUGUGAACGCAAAAUGUGCCUCUCUGGAAAAGACAAAACAGAGACUUCAGGGUGAAGUAGAGGACCUGAUGAUCGAUGUGGAGAGAGCUAACGCUCUGGCUGCUAACCUUGACAAGAAGCAAAGGAACUUUGACAAGGUUCUUGCAGAAUGGAAGCAAAAAUAUGAGGAGAGCCAGGCAGAGCUGGAGGGAGCUCAGAAAGAGGCUCGUUCCCUCAGCACUGAGCUGUUCAAGAUGAAGAACUCAUAUGAAGAAGCUCUGGACCAGCUGGAAACCUUGAAGAGAGAGAACAAGAAUCUGCAACAGGAGAUCUCAGACUUGACUGAACAAAUUGGAGAGACGGGUAAAACAAUUCACGAGCUUGAAAAGGGGAAGAAGACAGUGGAGAGUGAGAAGUCAGAAAUCCAGACUGCCCUGGAAGAGGCAGAGGCUACAUUGGAACAUGAGGAAUCCAAGAUUCUCCGUGUUCAGCUGGAGCUCACCCAAGUCAAAAGUGAAAUUGACAGGAAACUUGCAGAGAAGGAUGAGGAGAUAGAGCAGAUCAAGAGGAACAGUCAGAGAGUGAUUGAGUCCAUGCAGAGCACUUUGGACUCAGAGGUCAGGAGCAGGAAUGAUGCCCUGAGAAUCAAGAAGAAGAUGGAGGGAGACCUCAAUGAGAUGGAGAUUCAGCUGAGUCAUGCCAACCGCCAGGCCGCUGAGGCCCAGAAACAGCUGCGAAAUAUCCAGGGACAACUGAAGGAUGCCCAGCUGCACCUUGAUGAAGCUGUAAGAGGUCAAGAAGACAUGAAGGAGCAGGUUGCCAUGGUGGAGCGCAGGAACAACCUGAUGAUGGCUGAAAUCGAGGAGCUGAGAGCUGCCCUGGAGCAGACAGAGAGAUGCCGCAAAGUGGCUGAACAGGAGCUGGUUGACGCCAGUGAGCGUGUGGGGCUGCUGCACUCCCAGAAUACCAGUCUCAUCAACACCAAGAAGAAGCUGGAGGCUGACCUUGUCCAGGUCCAAAGUGAAGUGGAGGAUAGUGUCCAGGAAGCAAGAAAUGCUGAAGAUAAGGCCAAGAAGGCCAUCACUGAUGCUGCCAUGAUGGCUGAAGAGUUGAAGAAGGAGCAGGACACAAGUGCCCAUUUGGAGAGGAUGAAGAAGAACCUGGAGGUCACAGUCAAGGACCUGCAGCACCGUCUGGAUGAGGCUGAGAAUUUGGCCAUGAAGGGAGGCAAGAAGCAGCUCCAGAAACUGGAGGCUAGGGUCCGUGAGCUUGAGUCUGAAGUAGAAUCUGAGCAGAGGCGUGGUGCUGAUGCUGUCAAAGGUGUUCGUAAAUAUGAGAGAAGAGUAAAGGAGCUCACCUACCAGACCGAGGAGGAUAAGAAGAAUGUUAACAGGCUGCAGGAUCUGGUUGACAAGCUGCAGCUGAAAGUGAAGGCCUACAAAAGACAGGCUGAGGAGGCUGAGGAGCAGGCAAAUACUCACCUGUCUAGGUACAGGAAGGUUCAGCAUGAGCUGGAGGAAGCUCAGGAGCGUGCUGACAUUGCUGAAUCCCAGGUCAACAAGCUGAGGGCAAAGAGUCGUGACAUUGGCAAAGGAAAGGAUAGCGAAGAAUAAGCUGCAACCUCAAUGAGAGACAUCAAUGAGAAUCAUAAAAUAUGAGUCAUCAUUGAAGUGCUUCCACUGAAUAAUGUAGACCUGCAU